AUGUCAGCAGCCUCCCUUCGACGCUUGACCGCCACUCUCACCAAGCAUCUUCGUGCUAUCAUGCGCAUACCUGCGCACCUCACGCACAUCAGCACCAAAGAAGUUUGGCAGCGAGCCGGCCUCCCCAUGCCAGGCUGGACCAUUCAGCAGGCGCAACAGCAGGUUCUGGCCAAACUCGAGCAUCGAGCCCAGCAGGACCCGGACAUUACCACUACUUCACUGGCCCUGCAACACAUACGUUCCCAGGCUGCGACACUCGAGGCAAUUCUCCUGGAGCACCCCCGGCAGCCUCACCCUCGACCACCACCAUAUGGGCCUCCCGUCGGGCAGCCGCCUCGACAGCCCCCUCAGGAUCCUCUUCGACUCCUCACACGUGUGGUCUUGCAACAGGAAGAAGUCAUCAGCCGCCUGCGCCACGAAAAGGCCUUCAUGCUCUUCAUGAAGCAGACGGAGGAGGGGACUUUGGGCUCAUUGAUGAAGGUGGCGAAGGAGUGGAAUCGUCAAAAGUCUCUCGAGACAACAGCUAUCCGCUCUCCACUGCGAACAGUGCUGAUGUCCAGCAUGGUCAAGGAGCUCCUCAACCUGGCGCAGCAAGCUGUGGCGACGGAGGAGAACAAGGCACGCAUGAUCAAGGCCGAGUGGCUCACAGCCUCAUCGGAGUGGACCUACCGGAGAUGGUGCCACACAGAUCGCCGCCUCAAGAUCGACGACCAGAGGGCGCCUCUCCAGCACGCCGAGGCUGUCCGCAUCUUGAGCUUCCUUUUGGAGAAUCUGAGCGGCGAUGCAAUCCAGCGCUUCGGCUCCACGGUUCAACUCCCGAAGCUCGAGCAGCAGGGCGCCCAGAUGGCCACCUUUGCCUUGGAGAUCUCUCUCAGGGGCAAGACGGCACAGGAGCUCUACGAUUACUUCAGCCGCCUGUGCGGGAACUCGUUGAUGAGCCUCAUCGGGGUCUCCAUGAAAAAGGACACCCUACCACGAUCUCAGUUGGCCAAGAACCUGGCCAACCAGUUUUACCAAAGGUAA